GAGACUCGUCGUUCGACGGUGUUCCAGACGUGUUGCCGUGUUGGUUUCUGUUGGUGCUGAAUUUCAACGUGACCGCGUUCUCUUGGUGCGAGAAAACCCAGUUCAGUGGAUGUACGAGAAGAGUCGGACGAGGGUUGGAAAGGUUGGAAAGGUUGGAGAAAGGAAGGAAGGGGAGAGAAGAAAUUCGACCGCCCGAAGAAGACAGGACAAGACGAAGGGGUGGAAAGAAAUUUUAAGGAUAUUGCCACGGUUAUCCUCCUCCAUCUCGACAUCUGUUCCCGUGAUCGUUCUAGUUGACGUCCAUGGCCUCCAACCGGCUAUAAGGGUUGCUUCUCCGUGGAAACCCGGGGGGCUACCACGUUCACCCAUUGGCCACGAGAGUAUCUGUAGCCUUAUACUCGUUGUCUGCCAGGUAUCUAGAAACGGUGCAUGCGCUAAUCAGCCGUCUCGAAGAGUUUUCACGGUAACUGGAGCACGGCCGGUCGAUCCGGCGCGAAGAGGGGCAAAAGAGGCGAAGCUCGUGUGCAGAGACAGGAAGAUGGAUCGUUGCUCAGGUCCCGCAGCAAUGUCCUUGGACGCUGUCUGUGCCUUAGGACAGCACGUAAUCAUACCAGUCCGCUAUUACUUCCUAUAACGCUAUCUACGCCAGGAAACGCCAUUGCUCGCUCGUUCCUACGUAGGUACGUGGUCCAGGGACGCCGAGGAUGAUGAGAUCUGCAGGCUUGCAUCCUGAUGAGACUAUUAGGAUGGCUUGAUAAGUCCAUAAUAUUCUGGUCGAUGCCGGGCAGCGCCG